AUGCCUACAACUACCCAGAAUGAUUCCUUUAUGGAGUCAGUCCAACAUGUCAAAGAGCAGCUUGACCAGUCUACUGGCACCACUCCCACCGACUCCCUCCCACAAUCCCCAGAUCUCUCUUACGACAGCUCAAGAGGCAGCAUCUCCAGUAUUGCGACCCCAUCAUCGUUAACAAGAUCUGUUGCCGAUUCUUUUGUCUUCGCCUUUGAUAUCGAUGGCGUUCUGGUCCGUGGUGGAAAGCCAAUCCCUGAGGCCAUCAAGGCUAUGCAGGUCCUUAACGGCGACAACGCCUAUGGUCUUCACAUUCCUCACAUCUUCCUCACAAAUGGUGGUGGCAAGACAGAAGAAGAGCGCUGCGAGGAUCUCUCAAAGCAGCUCGAGCACGACGUGCAACCCGGCCAGUUCAUUUGCGGCCACACUCCGAUGCGCGAGAUGUCUGAAAAGUAUGGCACAGUCCUGGUUGUUGGUGGCGAAGGCGAAAAGUGCCGUGAGGUCGCUGAAGGCUAUGGCUUCAAGGACGUCGUCACCCCAGGCGACAUUAUCAAGCACGACGCUGCCACAACACCAUUCCGCAAGCUGACCGAGGAGGAACACGCCAACUGUCGCGAGCGUGAUUUCAACGAGGUCACUAUCGACGCUGUUUUCGUCUUUGCUGACUCCCGCGACUGGGCCGGUGACAUUCAGAUCAUGCUUGAUGUUGCCAUGUCCAAGGGUGGCCGCCUCAGCGAGCGCAGUGAGACGUUUGAUGAAGGACCUCCCUUCUACUUCUCUCACAACGACGUUGUGUGGUCCGCUGCCCACGAACACGUCCGUCUUGGCAUGGGAGCCCUCCGCAGAAUGUUUGAGGUUACUUUUAAGGACAUUACUGGCGGCACUGGCAAGCUCAACACACAUGCCUUUGGCAAGCCUCAAGUCUCAACUUUUGAGUUUGCAUCUCGCCUCAUGAACCAGUGGCGCCAGAGCGAACAUGGCAUCUCAGCGGCCCCUAAAACAGUGUACUUUGUUGGUGAUACACCUGAGAGCGAUAUCCGCGGCACAAAUGCCGUCAACAAGAAGGCUGAAAACGACUGGUAUAGCAUCCUCGUCACGACCGGCGUCUACCAAGAGGGUACAGAGCCCGCGUAUAAGCCUCGCAUCACCGUCGAAACUGUUUUGGAUGCUGUUAAUCACGGUAUCGAGCGUGAAAUGCGCAUGAAGAUGGCACAGUCGUUACAAAAGGAAGCCCCUGUUGAUCUGACUGAGUCGGCCAUUAUUGACGUUGACGUUUAA